GAUGCUGCUCCCCCUGCCUCUGCGGGUAGGCUGCAGCCUGCUUGCCUGGCUCGCUCUCUAUGCCUGGUUCUGCCAUCGCUUCAAGCACCGGAGUUACGAAUGGAGCUGCAGGCUGGUCACGCUGACCCAUGGCAUCCUUGCCACCUGUCUCUCUGCUUACAUUGGCUUUAUUGAUGGUCCCUGGCCCUUGAGUCACCCAGGAUCACCAAACACAACUCUGCAGGUACUCGGGCUGUGCCUUAGCUUGGGCUACUUCCUCUUUGACCUUUGUUGGUGUGUGUACUUCCAGACAGAGGGUGCCCUCAUGCUGGCCCACCAUCUGGUGAGCAUCUUGGGCAUCACAGCAUCACUGGCACUCGGGGAGUCAGCUGCAGAGGUCAAUGCUGUCAUCUUUGGUAGUGAGAUCACUAACCCACUGCUGCAGGCCCGCUGGUUCCUGAAGGAGAUGGGAUGUUACCACAGCUUCACAGGUGACCUGGUGGAUUUCUUCUUCGUGGUCCUCUUCACUGGGGUGAGGAUUGGCGUGGGGGCCUGGCUGAUGUACUGUGAGCUUGCUUCUCCCAAACCCAGGUGGUACAUUAAGCUGGGUGGUGUCAUCAUGUACGCUGUCUCCUGGGUUUUCAUGGUCAGCAUCUGUCGCUUCGCUAGGAGGAAGAGCAUGAAGAAGUACCAUGCCUGGAGGAGUCAAAGGAGUGAGGAGCUACACUUGAAAACUAAUGGACAUCUGAAAAAACACUGA